AUGGAGGCCCUACCAACUCUGUUUCCCUGGUUUAUCAGCCCAGUUACUCAUCCCUCUAAAACGAGUAAAGAAACGUGGUUCUCCACAGUUAACACAACACACUUGACUGUUUCCUCCAGAGAGAAUGGCCAUCACCUGGUAUCGCUGGUGAUCAGGCAGGUGUCCGAGGAGCAGCUGAGGAACAGAUACACCUGUAAAUUGGAGUCUCCAUCUGGGACCUCCAACGUCUCUAUCACCUUCAAACAGAGGAGUCCACCCCAGUUUCACUUCCUGGUGCUGGGUAUAGUAGGGGUCUUUGCCGUGACGGUGGUGGUGGUGACUGUUGUCUAUGUCAAGCUGAAGGUGGACAUAAUUCUGUUUCUCAGAGAUGAUCUGGGUUGGCAUCAUCACAACGCCUCUGAUGGGAAGCGUUACGAUGCCUAUGUGUUGUGUUAUAAGAGUGACUCAGAGUCAGGCGUCAGUGAGGAGGACAGGCGUCAGGUGGAGGAGGUGCUGGAGGAGGAGUAUGGCUACAGCCUGUGUCUCUACGACCGUGACGUGCUCCCUGGGGAGGCGGUGGCUGAGGCGGUGCUGGGGUGUAGAGAGCAGAGCCGGAGACUGAUCCUGGUGCCCAGCAGCCUGGGGCUGAACCCAGGGCAGGACAGCCAGUAUGGUCUGCUCACUGGGCUCCAUGCUGCACUGGUGGAACGGCAGACCUGGCUAGUCCUCCUCCAAACAGAGUCAGACCCAGACAGCCAGGUGGAUCUGGAGCUGGACUCCCUCCCUGAGGCCCUGCGGCUGCUGGCCCAGUCAGGACACACCGUCACCUGGAGGGGCUCCCACUCCAAACCCCUCUCCUCACCCUUCUGGAAGGAGCUGCGCUACCGUAUGCCUGCCAGGACCAGACGGCGCCCCCUGAAGGAUGGUAGGACCAUUCUGUGAUUAUAUAGGCUCCAGGGCAGGGUUUGGGUUCAGUCAAUUCACAAAGUAAACUGAAAUUCAAAAUGAAAUAAUAGCAUCUAUUGAAAUUGAAUCUCUGUAUUUUUAUUUUUUUAUUAUAUUUUUUUACUUCAAAUUGACCCCAACCCUGCUCCGGGGUCAAGUUUCCUCAAGGUACAGAGCUAGGAUCAGCUUCCCCUCCCCCAAUCCUCAACCAUUAGUGGGGACAAUGCUAAACUGACCCAAGGUCAGCAUCUAAGGCCAACUUCACCCUACUCCGAUUAUACUGUAUAUUAGGACAAGAUGGGGGAAUGUUAUACCAUAACAUUAUUAUGUAGAUCAUGUUAUUACAACAGAAUCCUCCAGACAGACUAUAGACCUGUUACCCUGAAAGAUGAGUGAAAUAAAUGCAUCUAACGUGAUUAAUGUGCAAUUAUUACCUACAUGAGUGAAAUCGUUUAUUUGUAUUUUUUAAAAGCAGCUUUUCUGUGUUGGAAUGGUGCUGCCGUACCCCAGCAACAGAAUGGUGUGGGCGUAUACUGGUCAUUAAAAAUAUUCAUGCGAAUAGACCGCUGAUUGGCAAUGAGCUCAGCCAAUGAGCCAACAUGACAUCAUGUUCUAUGAGGCAAUAGCAAGUGGUGUAUUUGAGAUAUAGGUUUGAGGUGGGGGGUUUUGUGGGGGGUUUCUCAAAUGUAUGCUUUGGCCACAAAUAUGAGUAUAGGACAUUAUUUGGUUAUGAGUUAAUGGAAUAUGAACUUUUAAAAGUGAGAUUUUCACUGGACAGUUACUUUAAGACCCAUUGACUUCCAUUCAAAACUACCACGGCAUGCUCUGCUUGUCCAGUGGACAGAAGAAUUGUCUUUCUCGCUCUACCUGUUUCUCUCUGU